UAAAGCUAAAAAUAGAUUUCUCUCUCUUUGUGUUGUCUAAUUUGUGUACCUACUUACCUACCCAGUUUAUUGUGCAUUUCGAAAUCGAAUCUCCUUUCUAUUUAAAAAUUAUUCAAGAAAACAAAAUACGUAUUAGUGAUUUUAUUAUUUGUGUCAACAAUGUCUGCUAUGGAUUUUGAUUUGUAACAUCGGCAAGAGUGUUUGUACGUUUAAUGGACAACAAGUGACGCGCUCCCUAGUGUAGAAGGCAAUAAACAAGCUAUAAAUAAUUUGCUGCAUUAGCAAUUUGAAAAUUCUAAUUUCUUUCCUAUUUGUGAUGUUCCCGCAUUCCAUCAGCGCGGACGAAGAACAGAAGACGAUUCUUAUUCCGAGUGUGAAUCUUCUACACUCAAAAAGAAAAGGAAUAUUUAUACACCCGUCUGCUAUGUACAGAAGUAGUGCACCGAGCUGCCAAAGAAUAUUAUUGCUGCUGAUAACGAGAAGUUUUAGUGGUUAAAUUGUUGGCAAACAAUUUUAGACACCAUGAAACUUCUUGAGAGUGGACAUUUGGAGGCUCUCAGUAGAGCGCUUUCGAUCCUCAAUGGGGACAGCGCUGUACAAGGUAGGGUAGAGAGCUACAGUUGCAAAAUGGCUGGAACUGAGAAAGCUUUCUACAAGCGAUUUACGGCUGAUGGUGAGACCACUCAUGAUCUUCAAGCACUGUCACCUCCAGAAGGUGUUUCGUACAGUCGCAGUCUGUCUGGAGAUGAAGAUGGCGUUCUAUGUGAUACUAUAUCAAGGAAGACAUUGUUCUAUCUUAUUGCAACACUGAAUGCUGCAUUUCCAGAUUAUGAUUUUUCCAUGGCAAAGAGCAGUGAGUUCAGUGCUGAACCAUCACUUAGCUGGGUGCAGGGCGCAGUGGAGGCUGCACUAUCAACUGUGGGCGGCAUGCGCUGGCGACAACUGCGUCCAGCUCUAUGGGCUGCCAUCGACAAAGAAGUGCUAUUACCUGAAUGCCGAAUUUACAGUUACAAUCCUGAUCUGGCCAGUGAUCCAUUUGGGGAACCGGGCUGUUUAUGGGCUUUUAACUACUUCUUUUAUAAUAGAAAGUUGAAGCGCAUCGUUUUCUUCACAUGUAGAGCUAUGAGUCCUGUGUGUGCUGUUGAUUCAGGCGUAGACUUCGCAAUGGACGAAGAUGAAGAAUAUAAUUAAAUUUGAAAGGAGAGAAUUUUAUUGUACAUUUUUUGCACUUUUUAUUGCAAUUAUUAAUUAAUUUUUAUAUAAAUUAAUGACAUUAACAGAAAUAACAGCUACUUUAUAAUAAUUUCUUACUAGUUGAAUGACAUAAAAUUGUAGUCUGUAGAAUAUACAAAAUGUUGUAAAUUUAAUGAAAAACAUGUGAACCAAUGAAAAUAGCAAUAUAUAAAUAUUUAUUUUAUAGAGUCAUACAUCAUAAACAUUAUUAUAAUUAUUUAAUACCUAUCUGUAUAUUACCUCUCAAAUGUUUCCUUUUAUAUUUAUUAAUUAAUAAAAAUCCUUUAUAUCUCGUAAUGGAACUCUUGAACAAAAAUAUUCUUUAUCUAAUAUUAAUAUAUUUGACUGUAAAAUCCGUUAGAACAAACUUGAUGUAUUUUAAUAUUUUUUUAUUUAAUCUUAUUUUCAUCUGUCUUUAUCUUUAGAAGGUGCUCUUCACGCACUGAACUUCAUAAAUAAACUCUUGAAUUUACUAAAAUUACUGUAAUGUUAACAUUCAGGCAUUACAUCAUUUCAAAGAUUAAAUUUUUAAUAGACCAUUGAAAUAACAAAUAUCAUGAAUCCUAUACAUAUUCCAUAAACAUUUAGACCUCUCAUCUACUGAUAGAAUCUGCUAGCAAAUAGCACAAUAUGAACAUCCAUAAACGGUGAAUCAAAAAUUUUAAAUUUAGAAUAGUUAUUUUCAAUAUUGUAUUUAAUUUUCGUUUUAAAUAUGGUCGUUUUAUAGAGUAUAAAUGUAUGUAACGGUAUCGAGGUGUAAUUUAUAUGUUUAUCUAUUCAACUUCGUGCAUCGUAUUCUUAUAUUUAAGGGGUGCGCAAGCAAAUACUAAUUCCACAGAGAUAUGGAGAGUUAAAUAGGAGAAAUACUAACAUUUCUGUGUAUGAAGUAUGUGUAAGUGUGCGGUGUAUUCAAAACACUGCAUUUUCAAAAAUAUACUUCAUCAUAUAGAGUUUAUAUCAACUUUAAUAAAUAAAGUGAUACUUGCAUAAAUCGUGAUUUUUGCUUGUACAUAUAAAUAUCAACCCUUACCAAAAUGUAUGUCGCAAACAUGGCUGAGAGUAGGCGUCUGUCAGGCCUUUCGAGCGCCGUGACCGAUCACUUUAACGGACUAUAACAUCUUAUAACUGGUGUAUUAAUUUACUAUUUUAUUUAAUUACAUCUUACUUUAUAAUUCCAAAAAUAAUUUUUAUAUGAGUUAUAUAAUAUUGUACUAUCACAAUCCAAGUAUUAAUUUCUACUCGGUUUAUAUACACAAGAUAUAUUGAAAUGUAAUUUACAACUUAUUAUUGGCAAAAAAUUUAAUUAUCUAUAUGGCGCGUUGGAAAAUCUGCAGUGAUUAAUGUUUAAAAUACUAUAAUUAGUAACUAACAUUUAAUUAUUAUUAUUCAUUAUAAGUGACUUCAUUUACCUACGCCAUACUUCAUGGUGUUAGCGUAGAACCUAAUGUAUUUAUAAAUUAAUAUUGAUUAUAUGUUCCACUCGCUUAAUUAUUCGUAUUGAACACAAGAAACAUUUUAUAAUUAGACUAGAUUUUAAGAAUUUGUUUUAGAUGUAUUUCAUGCAAAUACUUAUUGUGCACUGGUUGACUUCUUUAUUAUUGUAAAAAUUACAUAUUCUGUAUUUUGAUAUAUAAUAUUUAAUUUUAUUAUCAGAAACAGAAUAUUGUCGGAUGGUAAUUAAGAUAAUCUAUUCACGUAUGUGUUAUUGGUUUGUGAUCUGAUUUAUGAAAAACGAGAUUUUGUGAAUAAGAUAUAAUAAAAUAAAUGCAAUUUUAUAAAAAUUUCGGUAUUGCCAAGAAAAUGGUUACAUGUUGUAUAUGCCUGUACUUUGAUUGAUUAACUCACUGUCUAGUCUGGUAAGAAGCAUGAAACUGCACAGGUGUUCCCUAUGGUAUAUAUUUAAUUAGUACUUUUUGUUAAAGUUCUUAAUUUAAAGAGACGAGAAUUUAAAAAAUAAAUUAAGUUAUGAAAAAAAUAUUAGCAAUGGGGUCAAUUCUGAAACGACAUUUGUUUAAACCUAUCUCUAAAAUUAAAAUCACAGCGAAAUCUUUAUUGUAAGGACCAAUAUGAAAUCAUUUUCUCAUAGAAUAGAAAAAAGUAAAACAAUUUGAAACCAUAUAUCUUUGUGUGCAAUAUAAUAAAGUAUAAAUAUAAUAUAUAUUUAGAUUUAAGUCAAAGUUAUUAUACUUUUAAGAUGGCCAAAAAACAGUAAUUUCGCGAAAUUGUCAAAUUAAAAUUAUUAGGUUAGUAGAUAAGUUUAAAGCAAUGGCGCAUCAGAAUUAACCCAAUGAGGUUGAUUUUGCGGUACUAUUGUCUCUUUUAUGUUAUAUUUAAUUUUUUUAAUUUAAGAGACUGGCUUUCCCCAGUAAGAUACUUAUUCUGAACUAUGAUUUUUUUUAAAUUGUACCAAAAAUAUGUGAAUUUAAAUUUAAUUACAGAAUGUAAGUUUAAACUAUAAACAUUUUUAUCCUCUCUAAGUUUUUAACUAAAAAAAUUUGAGAAUAACAAAAAUUGUAUAUAUAUUUUUGGAAAUGUAUCUUCUAAACUCAUUGUACCUUUUACUCAGUGCUAUUUUUUUUUACUAUAGGAGACUUCUUUACCGUUAUAUUUAUAUAUGUUUUCUUAGUAUUUUUUGAUAUUUUCUAUCGCUAUAAAUCUGUACGCUUAAGAACAAACCGUUUUCAAUAAAUAUUUUAUUAUACCUGAUAAACCAGCUUAUAUUUAAAAUUGGAAACAUUAAUGGUAUAGUUUUAUGUAAGUUCAUGCAAGCAAAACAUGAUGUUUGAAUUGUAACAUUAACCACGUUUAAUGUGUAAAUAACUAAUUUAGCACUUCGAAUUAAUUGUUAGGUAUAAAAUGAUUGGCAGUCUUUUUUACUAUCUACUAUCUUAAUUGCAUAUGGAUUUAUAGAAACAACUCAAAUUGUAAUAUUGCAAUAUUGCUAUGUAACUACUUAAAAUGUCGGGCAUUUUCUGAUCUCAAUAUUGUUCAUUAAUACCUAUAUUUAAUUCGAGAAUUGACAGUGUAUAACUUCUAUCGGUUAUAAGUAUCUUAAGUAAGUUACAAUUUUCUUUCAACAUUAUUUUUCAAAAUAAUUUAAGUACCUAUGUAUGUACCAAUGUAGAAAUGACCACGCAAAGAAAAAAGGACUCAUGUUAGUGGUAACUGAAGUUAUUUAGACCAUAUCACCAUACCACCUUGUCUUUCGUUUCGUUUUUCGUUUCGCUAGCCCAUGAGUUAAAACUCAGUCUUCAAUAAUCAAAGCUAUGGUCAUUUUAAAUUACUACUCAGUAUCUACGUAAUUCCGAGUCCGCGAUUGAUAAUAAUGUACACAAAGUAAUGUUUUUAUUAUAACCUAAUUUAGGUAUAAAUAAAAAUGUAUUACAAGUCAAUGAAAACAAAUAAUACUAAUUCUCUAUUCUGUCCAUCUCGUGGUGAGUUAAGCAUGUGCUUUAUAAGAUUGAUAGAUCUGCUGACAAUAGUAUAGGAUAACAAAGCGUCCGAGUCUUAAUCAAGUUUUCCAAAGCCAUAUUCAGUUCCACAUCUAGGUAUUUAGAUUGUGGCUAUCAUUUAUUAAUUUAAGAUUACAUACUGUUUUUAAAUUGUCUAUUUAAGCAGGUAUAUUAGUUACAAUUUAUUGUUAUCAUUGAAAAUCGAUGGAGUGUUUAAUUGUCAUGUUACUUACAUUCUCGUAAUAUUUACACGAAGCCUGUUUUAAACAAUCAAAUAAAUUAAUUAAUAGAAUCCAAUGAAUUUGUAAAUUU